CUAGUCUGGUCCAUCACCGUCCCACAACUGCCAGUCUGCCACAGCCUGCGCACUAACUGUCUGUGACACAGCCCACUAUGCUCCCUCCCUCAACGCCCUGUCACUGUCCCAAAACCCACGAACACACCCGCCACGCUCACAAGUCACAACCACCACCACCAUCACCAUUCACCACCACCACAACACCAAAUGUCAACCCCCAAAGUCACCCACCCAAUUCACUUAGUAAUAAUAACACCUCAACACCAAACAAACAUAACCACCCCAACCCCAAACUCACGCAGCCAAAUACCCUAACCAACCAUAAAUAAAUCGUAAGUCACAACCCUAACACACAAUUCACAUCACCAAUGGCCUCCUCACCCACACCCACACCCACACCCUCAUCUCCAAAACUAAUUGCUCCAAUUACCACCAUAACCGCUACCACAGCCACAACCACAACAACAAACACCACAAACGACGCCGUUUCGCCCACCAAGAAACCCCAACCGAUUCCAUGGACUCACCAGGAGACCGUUAACCUGAUCAGGGCGUACCAGGAGAAAUGGUACGCCUUGAAGCGCGGCCCACUCCGGGCCAACCAGUGGGAAGAGGUCGCCGUCGUCGUCGCCGCCCGCUGCGGCUACGACUUUAACCAUCCUUGCAAGUCCGCCGUCCAGUGUCGCCACAAGAUGGAGAAGCUCCGCCAGCGCCACCGAGCCGAGAAGAAGCAACAUCUUCUCACCACCUCCCGCGUCCCUGCCCGUGCCACGUGGCAGUAUUAUGGCCUUAUGGAUGAGCUGGAGCGUGGCCCAAUGCCGAUCUCCGCCCGGCCCAUAACCUCCAUGGCGCCUACGGGCGGCAACGACGACUACGGUAAUUACGGAAGUUUCGAUCAAAAUGACGAUGAUUUCAUUGAGGAAAGUGAAGAAAGGGAAAAUUAUAUAAAAUCAAAGAGUAUUAAUUAUCUUCUUAGCAAGAAACCCUCAAUGAACAAGUGUAGAGGGAUUUUGAGGGAUCGUGUUCCAAAAGGAUUGUGGAGAUUUGAUGGUGCUGACUAUGAUGAUGAUGAUGAUGAUGAUGAUGAUGAUGAUGAUGAUGAUGAUGGUAAUUGUGGUGGUGGUGGUGACGAGAGAGGAGUGGUAAUGGUGGAUGAGAGGGCUUUGGUUUCGGGUUUGAGUACAGAGAUAAAAGACUUCACUGAGAGGUUCAUUGGGAUGGAGAAUUUGAAGAUGAGGAUCGUGAAGGAAACUGAGAGGCGGAGGUUGGAGAUGGAGAACAGGCGGAUGGAGAUGAUCCUUGAGUCGCGGCAGCGGACCAUUGAUUCGAUUGGGAGGGUGUUCGGGUCAUCCAAGAGACUCAAGAUGAGUGAAGGAAGCUGAAGGUUUCAUCUCAUUUUUUUAGUCUUUUGAUUUUUUAGUGCCAGUUAAAUUUUUUGUCCUUGUCACCAUAUCUUGUUAUAGACUUAUAGGAUCAUUUACUUGAGUGCCCAGGAAGAGGCUAGCUUUGCAAUUAGUGCAUUGUUCUUCAUGCAGAGUUGUUUUCCACUACUGUAAGAAUUUAGCUCCUAAGGAUGGUUGAUUAGUCUGCACAAUGUGCAAUAUAAUUAUAUCAUCACGAUGAAAAUAAAAAUAGUAAAUAAUAAAUCUUUUUGCAUA